AUGCGCUCGACAGUUUCCGCGGCAAAGACCUUCAGAGCCGUGGCUCGGCCAUGCGCACGAUGCCGUCUCCAAGCGUCACGAUCCAUGUCCACGGCGACGAAGCCCAACCCCGCGCCGCAUAGCACCGCAUCAUUACAAGUCGGCAGUUCGAGAGCAAGAGCAUUGCCGCAGCAGCAGCGAUACUCCAGCGUCGCAUUCUUCUCAACCAGCGCCGCCGCAUCCGAACCCUCGGCAGCAUCAGCAUCAGCGUCAGCCUCUUCCUCGGAAGAACAACAACAAGCCCCAUCACCAGCGCCGUUGACGCACUACGACAUCUUCCCCGAGACGCUGCCCCUCGGCCCCCCUCCCUCGGGCCACUUCCCCAUCGACACGCGCGCCCUCCGCCGCGAGUUCCUGCGCCUCCAGGCCCGCCACCACCCGGACAUGCACCCUCCCGGCCCGGCCAAGGCCCGCGCGGAGGCCACCUCGGCGCUCAUCAACGACGCCUACAAGACGCUCGCCAACCCGCUCCUGCGCGCGCAGUACCUCCUUUCCCUGCGCGGCGUCGACGUCGCCACCGACGAGACCAUGCAAGUUGAUGAUCCGAGCUUGUUGGCCGUCGUGCUGGAGGCGCACGAAGAGAUCUCGGACGCGGAUAAGGAGGAGGAUCUCGCUGAGUUGAGGGCGGUGAAUGAUAAGCGGAUUGGGGAGAGCGAGGGGGUUUUGGAGGAGGCGUUUCGGGAGGACGAUGUGGCCGCGGCGAAGAGGGAGGCUGUCAAGUUACGGUAUUGGGUGAAUAUUAAGCAGAGCUUGGAUAAUUGGGAAGAAGGCCGGCCGGUGGUGCUGCAGCAUUGA